CCACAAGGCGGCCGAGGGUCCAAUCCAACGCGCCGCCGCGAAACUCCACUUCCAAUUUCCAACCUGCAGCUGUGGUCGCCGGCGGCGAGGAGGAGGAGGAAGGAGCUGAGAGAUGGCGGGCGCCGGCGGGACGAGGGAGCGGGAGGAGGAAGACUUCGUCUGCCUGGAUCCGUCCUUCUUCAUGAACCGCAACUACGAGAUGAAGACCUUCACCUACGGCUCCCAGGAGCUCCAGCUCCUCUGCCUCAGCUCCGCCUGCACUGAUUAUGAUCUUACUGGACAGUUAGUAUGGCCAGGUGCUGUUCUGAUGAACACGUACCUAUCUGAACACCCUGAGACUGUGAAGGGGCAUUCAUUAAUUGAGUUGGGAUCUGGGAUCGGCAUUACCGGCAUAUUGUGCAGCCGUUUCUGCAAAGAGGUGGUAUUGACUGAUCACAAUGAUGAAGUUCUAGAGAUUAUAAAGAAAAAUAUAGAGAUGCAGUCAUGUUCUGGCAAUGCGGAUGCAGUGUUGACUGCUGAGAAGCUAGAAUGGGGAAAUCAUGAUCAUCUAAGCAAUAUCAUUGAAAAACAUCCUGUUGGAUUUGAUCUCAUUCUUGGAGCCGAUAUCUGCUUCCAGCAAGCUAGCAUUCCAUGUCUCUUUGAUACUGUAGAGAAGCUUCUUCGUAUGCAGGCCAAUAAAUGUAGAUUUAUACUGGCUUAUGUAUCACGAACCAAAGUCAUGGAUGCACUGGUACUGAAGGAAGCUGAAAAACAUGGAAUGGUCGUCGAGGAAGUGGACGGGACAAGAACAACCAUCACAGAUCUCGAAGGCGUCAUAUUCGACAUCACCCUCAAAUGACGCCUCCGAUGGAAUGCUUGGGUGACAAUUCCAUCAGACAGGAACAAGAUGUGGAGCCUCCUAUCAGGAAAGCCAAUGUUACUGCCUGCAUGAUCUGCUGAGCUGGCCCUGAACAUGAUGUGGUCUCUAGUCUGCAUCUCUCCACUCCAUGGGAGAAAACAGUACAACAUUAGCAUCAGUCCUGAUAUGGCGCUGAUUGAUUCAGCGUAAAAUUUACAUUAUCCGACGGCCGGUCGUGGUCCUUUUCGCUAAAUCAAGAAGCGAUUCGGGUCA